CGCGAGAAAGAGCCCGCGUGGCGCGCCGUGUCGCACCGGGAGUGUGCGGACGUGACGGUCGCGCGGCAGGAUGACGGUUCGAUCCGGCGGCAGCUGCGUGGGCGCCAAGCUGGUAAAGCUGACACGUGCGAGACGGUAACCAGAGAGUUUGAGCCAGGAUGCGUCUCACGGCGUCACGACUGCGAGGCAACCCCCCGGCCGUCGCCUUGCUCCUCUCCCUAUGUCUCGGCUUCCCGGCCCGGGCGCUGCCUUGCCCGCCUCGCUGCCUGUGUGCCAGCGAUAUUAUUUGCUGCAGUGCUAGCAAUCUGUCAGCGCCGCCCUCAGACCUCCCCGGCUACACCGUGCGCCUAGACCUGAGCCACAACUCCCUCGCCACGCUGCCCGCCGGUUGGACGAACGGGACGUUGGAGCGGCUGGCCACGCUGAUCCUCUGCCGCAAUCGGAUCGAGGGCAUCGAGGCGAACGCCUUCGCCGGCACGCCGCGUCUCCUCCACUUGGACUUGUCCUCCAACAAGCUGUCAGCUCUCGACGCGUCCAUGUUUGCCGGACUCAAGGAUCUAAGGGAGCUGCUACUGUUUGGCAACCAGAUUGUCCACAUCCCUCCCGACUCCUUCAGUGGCCUCCCGAGCAUGGUCAAGCUCUACCUGUCUGGAAACCAUCUGACGUCACUUCCUGUAGGUCUCAUGGACCUCAACUGGACCUUCCUGGACUUGUCCUCCAACAGGCUCUCCGGCGUCCACGUCCACGCGCUGCUCUCUCGGAGCCGACGUGGUGAGAUCUAUUUGCAAGGGAACCCGCUGGUGUGCGACUGCGCUUUGCUGGCUUUGCUGGAGUACUGGGCGUGGACACGGUAUCGCCCUCUGGUGGACUUUCGAGACGAAUACCCGUGCGGCGCCUCGACGCUAAACUGCAGCCUGGAUGGCGACUCGGUCGAGGGCGGAAGCUACCAGGUGGAUCCUGGGAAGUGGUUGUGGUUGUCGUGUCCCGGCUUUGCGCCGCUUCCUAUGGAGGAUGCGGUUGUGUUCUGGGUGACGCCCACGACCGUGCUCAAUUCAUCAACGCACGACCCCCACGCUCGCCUCGCCGUCCUCCCUAACGGAAGCCUGGAGAUACGAGGCGCCCUGAUGGAGGAUUCCGGCUCCUAUGCGUGCGUAGCGGCUCGUGGGCGUGACUAUGACCCCGACGUGGUCAUUGGAAACACGAGCGGCGUCGUUUCCGGCGGCUCGGUUUACCGCAGCGGGACUGAGCACUUCAACACGGCGUUCACCACCCUGGCUUCCUGCGUGGUCAGCAUCGUCCUAGUGUUGCUCUACCUGUACCUGACGCCGUGUCGGUGCACGGGAAACAGGGGCGGGGCCUCGAGAGGGUGCGGCGGGCGAGCUAUGAUGCUCUGCUCCGACCCCAGAGAAGUGGAGUCGGGACAGAGGAGGUCCAACGGGAAACGGGUGGCGUUCUUGGAGCCCCGAGCGGAGGACGCCGAUACCUGUGGUGCGAAAUUCCCGGUAACGAGUCACGUAAACACGGAGGGCAUUCUUAAAAACGGAAGCAGGACCGUGGGACAGACCCUCACAGACACGAUCCUUGUGGCGUGACGCCAGUAAAAACUGUAUUACUAAAAACGUAGUCUGCAUUUCGCUUAUAUUACGUCGGAAUCUGGCAUGUAACGAUAAACGCUAUUCAUGAUAACUGCGGUGAAACUCUCAACAGUUAGUAUUACCGUUUUUAAUUCAGACGAUAGAAAAACCGUGACUAAUAAUCGCACUUUGAUCAAUUUGCAGAUCGACUGGCGCUAGCUCGCUUAAAUGCUAACAUGCCAACAUCGAAGACACGGGUGCCCAAACUUGUUCCACUGAGGGCCACAGACUGACAAAUCAAAGGAUGCGGGGGCCAGUUUGGUAGUUUUCACCUAAAAAUAUUUAUUUUUGAAGAAUUAGAAGAUGCAACCAAGAUAGACAUUUCGAAGCCAAAGCCGAACUGAUAUGCUAACUGUUAGCACGCUGGCCAGAUAGCGUCGAGUAACAAAAGAAUAGGAGCAAAAUGGCAUGCUUACAGUUAGCAUUUAACAGCUACUACGUUAACUAAAAUAGCUAGCAUGCUAUUGUUAGCAUAUAUCAAGUGACUGAGGUGUAUACCUACAAAAUUAGCAUACUAACGUUAGCAUGUUAACAGGUAACCAGUACAAUAUAUCUAUUUAUUUUUUAAGAAUUAAAAAAUGAAAUUUCGAUUGACAUUUCGUGUGAAUGCUGAAGAGUCAAAGCCGAACUGAUAUGCUAACAGUUAGCACACUGGCCAGAUAGCGUCAAAUAACAAAAGAAUAGGAGCAAAAUGAGCGUAUAAUGGCAUGCUUACGGUUAGCAUUAAACAGCUACUACGUUAAGUAAAAUAGCUAGCAUGCUAUUUUUAGCAUACAUCAAGUAGCAACAUAUGACUGAGGUGUAUACCUACAAAAUUAGCUAAGAAAAUAGCUAGCAAACUAACGUUAGCUUGUUAACGGGUAACCAGUACAACAUAUCUAUUUAUUUUUUAACAAUUAGAAAAUGGAAUUACGACUGACAUUUCAUGUGAAUGCUGAAGAGUCAAUAUGCUAACAGUUAGCACACUGGCCAGAUAGCGCCAAGUAACAAAAAAUAUAAGCUAAAUGAGUUAACGAUAGCAAAUGCUUUUUGAAAUACAAAAAUAUGAACUUCUGAAUACCUACUAGGUUAACUAAAAAAAGCUAGCAUGCUUUUGUUAGCAUGCUGAAAUGCUGACGAAUACAACAAUUAGCUGGAAAAAAAGCUAGCACACUAACAUUAGCAUUAAUUUAUUUUUAAAGAAUUAGAAAAUGUAAUUUUGAAAGACGUUUCGUGUGAAUGCUGAAGAGCCAAAACCAAACUGAUAUGCUAACAGUUAGCAUCAAGAGAAGAAUAAAAAUAUGGGCAAAAUGAGCUAACAAUCGCAUGCUUAGUUACCUUUAACGAAAUACCAAAUUAUAAACUGCUAAAAACCUACUAUUUAACUAAAAUAGCUAGCAUGCUAAUAUUAGCAUGCUAAAAUACUGACAAACACAUAUAUCCUUCUGAGGUGUGUACCUGGAAAAUGUGUUUAAAAUAAUAGCAUGCUAACGUCAAGUACCAAAACAUGACAGAGGAGUACACCUACAAAAUUAGUAGGAAAAAUAAGCUAGCAUACCAACGUUAGCAUGUUAAACAGGUUAUUUAUUUUUUAUUUUCACAGAAUUAGAAAAAUGCAAUUUCAGUAGACAUUUCGUGUGAAUGCUGAAAAGCCAAAACCAAACUGAUAUGCUAACAGUUAGCGUCAAGAGAACAAAAAUAAUAUGAGCAAAAUGAGCUAACACUCGCAUGCUUACAGUUAGCUUUAACGAAAUACCAAAAUAUAAACUGCUAAAAACCUACUAUUUAACUAAAAUAGCUAGCAUGCUAAUAUUAGCAUGCUAAAAUGCUGACGAACCCAUACAUCAGUCUGAGGUGUGUACCUGAAAAAUGUGUUUAAAAUAAUAGCAUGCUAACGUCAAGACAGAGGUGUACACCUACAAAAUUAGUAGGAAAAAAAAGCUAGCAUGCUAACGUUAGCAUGUUAAUAGGCAACCGGCACAGUAUUAUGUUUAUUGUUACAGAAUUAGAAUGCUGAAGAGCCAAAGCCAAACUGAUGCGUUAACAGUUAGCACAAGCUAAUAAGCAUUAGCACAAAGUGAUCAUUCUAUACUGGUGUAUUACGGUGCAUUCACUGACCGCCAAACAGAGUAGGACGCCACAGUGACAACCGUAAAUAAUGCUAGAUUUUAUUUGCAAUAAAUGAAUAAUAAACACAACACAAUACAUGCAAAAUAAUCCGUCUGCACCCUCGCCGCCGUGUCCGGGUCCCGGGAGACCUGCUCUCGCCAAAAUAAUGGCGUCAAGGGCCACACGCCAGGGCGUGUUGCAGCACGUUACAACACGCUUGUAACGCGCGCGUGUUCGUCACGGAAAAAUGCUCUUUUUUUUGGUUUUUUUUAAUGUAUGUGACCAGAUUAAUCAUGCCAUUUUACCAAGUUUCGUAACAAAUUCAUAACAUGCAGUCAUGUCAAAAAUGCUUGUAGACGUCAUUGUGACAAUGAAGAGCAUUUGUGUGUAAAUAUUGGGGUCUUAUUUAAGUUGAUUUAAAUUAUGAAAGUGAAUGAUAACCUUUGAUUAAUCAUGUGACUAAUCAUGUGAUUAACCAUGAUUAAACCAUAUU